AUGAUAGUUUUGUAUAAAUAUGGAGGCCUCUACUUUGACACAGAUGUAAUUGUGCAGAAGAAUAUGGAUGAAUUUCCAGCAAACUUUUUGGGAAAAGAAGCAUCUGAUGGAAAGAAAGUUUAUAACGUUAAUAAUGCAGUUAUGGGAUUUCAAAAUAAAAUCGGACAAGGAAUACUCGAACUGUGUCUCAAGGAGUUGAUUGCAAGCUAUAACCCACAUGCAUGGAAUCACAAUGGUGGCGCUCUCCAGACUCGCGUGCUGGAACAUCAAGUUUGCAACACGAGCCUAGUGGAAAUGACUCCAGAGAAAUGCCACGGCUUCAAAGUAUUCCCAAAAGAAGAAUUCUAUGCUAUAAACUGGGAUGAUUGGGAACAAUUUUUCAAUGCCAAUCACACAGAAACCGUUCUUGAGGCGAUCCAAGGGUCAUCGGUUAUCCACUUAUGGAAUAAACUCUCGCACAGUCAAAUUAUCGCUAAAUCGAAAUCAAAAACUGCAUAUGAAAUAUUAGCAGAAAAAAACUGCCCGAAAGCAUUCGAAACAUCAGGGCAAUAUUUUUAA